GAUAAAAAAAAUGCAGAUGGAGAUGAGGAGAUUGGGGACCGGUGGACUGACGGACUGACUGACUGUUGAGAGAGCCGAGAGAGGGACUGAGGGAGAUUGAGGUAUGAGAUGAGAGUGAAGCACUGAAGCCGUGACUCGAGAGGGAGACUGAGAGUGAGAGGGAGGGGGAGACUGAGGGUGAGAUCGUGCGACUGGUGAGAGGGAGACUGAGGAUGUGAGAUCUUGAGAGGUACUGAGGGUGUGGGAGACUGCGAGUGAGAGGGAAGGGGACCGGCGAGAGGCGAGAGGAGAGUAGCGGCGACACCCGAGAGGCGAGAGGAGAGUUGCGCCGACCGGCGAGACCCGAGAGGAUCUGCGGCGACGGCGUGCUGUUGCUGGGCUGCUUGGGCUGCCGGAAGAGGAACUGAGGAGAUUGAACAUGAAAUCUUGGCUGGGGUGCGGGCGGCGUGCAGUGCCAGUGGGCACAGAGCAGUGGGUGUGAUCGUUAGGCCUAUUAAUCACCGAUGUUUCUGGAGAAAGCAUAAUAUUUGAAUCAGUCUGCUCCUAACAAGAUAGAAGAAUGAAGGAAAUUGUGACUAUCCAAGUUGGAGGUUUUGCGAAUUUCGUAGGCUCUCACUUCUGGAACUUCCAGGAUGAAUUGCUUGGUUUGGCUGGGGACUCCCAUGGUGACCCUGCCUUCAAGAAUCAAUGUCUAGACAUGGACGCGCUCUACCGUACUGGUGAAACACCACAGGGUAUUAUAACAUACACCCCUCGUUUGCUGUCAGUUGAUUUUCCUGGCUCCCUUGGCUCUUUGAGUUCACUGGGUACAUUGUACAGUGAGGUUUCACCUGCAUCAUCAGGUGUUAUUACGUGCUGGUUUUGGAGACGGUUCACUACCUGGCUUCUUUAUUUUGUGCUGGUUUCGGAUGCUUUGAGACUAAUGUGCAGGACCGGUAAUGUUUCCACUCGUGUAUCUGAACCUCGCAAGAAGAACUUGUUCUUGCAACGAUUAUAUGAUGAUGAAGAGCAAGAGAAACUGACUGGGAUGGGUAGUACUCACUGUGGCAAGAAUGAUUCUGAGAGCAAUAUUUUGGACAAGGACAUAGUUGAAUGUUUGGAAAAUGAUGUUCAAUUUUGGACUGACUUUUCAAAAGUUGAUUAUCAUCCUCAGAGUCUAUAUGAAUUAAAUGGUUUAUGGAUGGACAUCCAGGAAUUUGACAAUUAUGGAGUGGGAAGGGAUGCCUUGUCAGGGGGUUUGAGAGGAGAAGAAAUGAAUGAGAGGCUUCGUUUUUUUGUUGAAGAGUGUGACCAUAUUCAGGGUAUUCAAUUUAUAGUGGAUGACUCGGGAGGUUUUUCGGGUGUAGCUGCUGACUUUUUGGAGAACAUUGCAGAUGAUUAUACAAACACCCCAGUGCUGCUUUAUUCUGUCAGGGAUCCUGGCACUUUUAUGAAUUACAGAAGCCAGAAACAGAAAAUCUCUAGAAAGCUUCACGAUGCCGUCUCAAUUUCUAAACUAUCAUCCUUCUGUAAAUUGAUUGUUCCUGUUGGUUUGCCCUGCCUGAGUAGAAGUAAAGCUGCUACAUAUCUCUGCAUAAAAGAUGAAAAGCCUUAUCACUGUAGCGCAGUUUAUGCUUCCGCACUACACUCUAUUAGUCUUCCUUUUCGAAUGGAAUCGCUUGUGCCUGCUACAGAUUCAUAUCAUGUUUCUGGCGCUGUGGAUAUCUAUGGUCUCGUACAAAUGUUAGCAGGCCAAGCGGGGCAGAAUUCGGUUGCUAUUCUGGAUGUUGCAAUGCCAGUACCUUCUCUGGCUGGGCAGCUGUUCGAGCAAUCUUUGUUAGGGAAUUUGCAGCCAUUGACACCAGAGGUAGCUGAAGAUGUGGAAGACUUGCGGGCAGUGGAAUCAAUGAUUAUUCAUGGGGUCCUUGAGUCAGGAGUUAAUCGGGCAUCAAUUUCUGAAGUGAAGGAUAUGAUUCAUGCUGCUUAUGAAAAUGCAAUAUCUAGGCCAAUGUUCUCUCAUCUGUCACUUGCUUCUUGUCCGCUUCCGAUACCAUUGCCUUUUCCUUCAAUUUUCGGGGACACUGUUGGUGAACAUGGUGAAUUGUUGGACAGCCCCGUAUCAGGAUCCCAUUGUUCAAGGGGAUCACUUGAUGUGCAUUCGAUUCCUAUGGCAGCAAGACUACGUUCUAGCAGUGCCAUUUUGCCAUUCCUGGAGAAUAGGUUGGGAAGCCUUCGCAGGUUUGGCAUUGAAAGGGGAGCUCCAGGGACAGAGUUACUCGGGAGUUGGGGCUUUGGAAGAGAUGAAUUGGAAGACAUGGGAGAAACACUGUUUAAGAUGGUCAAUGCACUGGAUCCUCAUUCUCAAGUGUCCUCGGAUGAUUCAGAAUGAACUUCUUGUGGGUGUACUCGCGAGUUUUUUGCUCCUAUGCCAAAAAAAAGAGUGCAUUUGUGAGUUUAAUGUUGUAUUUUGUUUUGUAACUUAAGUUGGCACUAUUGAGUGGAAUUUGUUUUCAAAGAUUUAAAUCCUUGUACACUUUCUCCCA